CACUAUGGCCAGCGCCGGUUCCCGGGACAGUAACGGCGUUGUGCAGAUCUUCAAGGAGGACCGGUGCCCAUCCGGUAGGCUCGAGGACUGCCUCCUCAACUUCACCUGGCAGCCAGGUUUCCCAGAGCUGUUCAACUACACAGCUAAUGGCAGCUGGCUGGGGGAACCGGAGCCCAUGUCGCCAAUCAUCCUUAUCAUAGCAGCGAUGUACUCCGUAGUGUUUGUGGUCGGACUGGUUGGAAACUGUCUGGUCAUGUUUGUCAUCAUCAGGUACACUAAGAUGAAUACAGCCACCAACAUCUACAUCUUUAAUCUGGCUGUAGGCGACGCCUUAGUGACCACCACAAUGCCUUUCCAGAGUACUGACUACCUGAUCAACUCCUGGCCCUUCGGAGAGGUGGUGUGUAAGGUGUUCAUCAGUAUAGACUACUACAACAUGUUCACCAGUAUCUUCACUCUGACCAUGAUGUCAGUGGAUCGAUAUGUAGCUGUGUGUCACCCGGUCAAGGCUCUGGACUUUAGAACUCCCGUGAAAGCGAAGAUCAUCAACGUUCUCAUCUGGGUUUCAUCCUCCGCUGCCGGCAUCCCUGCUCUAGUGCUGGGCAGCACACAGAACAACAACGGUACCACAGAGUGUGCCCUCCAGUUCCCUGACCCCUAUCUCUACUGGGACACAGUGAUGAAGAUCUGUGUGUUCAUCUUCGGCUUCGUGGCCCCCCUCCUCAUCGUCAGUGUGUGUUAUACCCUCAUGGUUCUGCGUCUGAAGAGCGUGCGGCUGCUCUCUGGCUCCCGGGAGAAGGACCGGAACCUGCGGCGGAUCACCCGGCUGGUUCUGGUGGUGGUAGCAGUGUUCAUAGUCUGCUGGACGCCUAUCCACAUCUUUAUCCUGGUUAAGAUGCUGGCGCCCCCCGGGGGCAUCCUCGAGACCACGCCCGUCAUGGCAGCCUACUUCUUCUGCGUUGCCCUGGGUUACACUAACAGCAGCCUCAACCCCAUUCUCUACGCCUUCCUGGAUGAGAACUUCAAACGCUGCUUCAGGGACUUCUGCUGUCCGGGGGGGAGGGGGGCAGGGGGGGACAGCCAGGGGGGGAGUCGAGUGAGGAGCACGUUGAGGAGCUACACCUGUCCACCUAGGGCUCGGGGGCAGGGGGGAGGCCAAGGGGGACAGAGGGAGGGGGAGGUCGGUAUGACUAGCGGUGGAGCUGGACCAGUCCUCCCUUAACUCCCACAGCAGUGAACGGGUUGACUCCGAUUGCAUCGUCUAUCUCCGGGAGAGUAUUACAGCACCGUUUUCUGAUGUGUUCUAGAGCAGUACAUCCUUCACCUCACCACCUCUCUCUUAGCCUGACCCAGUCCUAAAGAGACCCAGGUCUUCUCUUCUAACUGAGGGACAGCAGUACAUCCUUCACCUCACCACCGCUCUCUUAACCUGACCCAGUCCUAAAGAGACCCAGGUCUUCUCUUCUAACUGAGGGACAGCAGUACAUCCUUCACCUCACCAAUUGCUAACAAAUGUUCAGUCUCAGUUAACCUGUCUGGGAACGGGGUUCAAAUGGCCAAAAGCCAAUGAAAUUGCAGGGCGCCAAAUUCAAUCAACAUAAAUCUUAUAAAUCAAAUUUCUCAAACAU